CUCCGAAAUAUGUUGCCGGUGUACCACGUGUUUGCCAAUCACAACAUUUGAAAAUGUUCGUUAAUGUGUCGAAACCUUGGCAGCACCGGGAUUGACUGCAAGUUUUGAAUCUGGUGCUAUAAGUCGAUGUUGUUGGAUGUUUUCCUGUCAGUUGGUCAAAAAAAAAGACAGCGGUUCAGAGUUUCGUGUUGGCAUCUUUUGCGGUGUUUUGUUAUGGUGUUGUGUUUGGAAAGUACGAAACAGUGUACAUUGCCUAUUUUAUGUGAAUCGAUGUUUACCAUAUCCGAUUACGAUUAUGAGUGCACGAAAAAGUGUCGUUUAGUGAGCCAUGGAAACGCCAUUACAGCCGCCCUUACGAAACGCGCUAUUUCCGAUGAGUUGCUGGCGGCAUACAUUGCCAAAACAUGUCGCAACUUUGCGCACGUCGUCGAUGAUUGUGGUCGAUCGGCUCUGCAUAUGGCCGCAUCGGUUGGUCGUUCCGCGCUUGUCGAAUGGUUAAUAAAUCAGGGUGCCAGCCUGACGCUGAAGGAUCUCGAGUCUGGUCACACAGCUUUGCACCGGGCCAUGUACUAUGGCUGCAUCGGGUCUGCUGUUGUACUAGUGAAGCAUGGCGCUCCGCUCGAUGCACCAGAUGAAGACUUUGUUAAUCCAAUACAGCUGUGCAGUAAUGUUUCGGAACAGCAAGUCACUGUAAACGAUGGGGGAUGUGGUGUUGCGCUAGGACCGGAACUAAUGAUCUGGGGACAAAACAAAAACUACAACCUGGGCAUCGGGAAUGCACAAGACAAGAGCAAUCCCGAAAGUAUGGAGUUUUUCCGCAAAACGCGUACCACAAUCAAAAAGCUGGAAAUUAGUUCGUACCACAGCGUGUUCUUGACGCACAGGGUGGGUGAACUGUUCGUGGCCGGCCAUGGUGUUGGCGGACGGCUUGGCCUAGGCAUGGAGGACACUAUAGCGUAUCCGAUGAAGGUGCCUGUCCCACUGAAAGACGAUGAACGUAUAACAGAUGUGACUGCGGCGAAGCACCACACGCUCAUCCUCACGAAUAGUAAUCAUAUUUACGCUUGCGGAGAGAAUAAACACUGCCAGCUAGGGCUUAAAGCAACGCCACCCAAUCUGCUUACGUUCAAGGAAAUUACGGGUCAAUCCAAUUUAUCAGGGAAAACAAUUAAUCGUGUCAUAGCGAAGGACUAUCACUCAAUUGCUGUACUGGACGCGGACAUCUAUGUGUGGGGACUGAAUGGUGGCCAGUUCGGAAUCAAACGUGAUUCCCGUAGUGACAUGAUCGUGCUUCCCAAGCCAAUCCCACUUAUACCAGAAGGAUCAACGCUCAAAGAUGAUGGUAGUGCUGUAAAGCGUGACACAACGAUCAAGCUGAUCGACUCAAGCAAUGCAGCCAUCGUCGUGUACACGAUGAAAAAUUUUCUCCACAUUUUUAGUGGCUUCAAAGUGAAAACGUACAAAAAACCAUUGCUUGAAAAAAUAGAAUGUCUAUCGGUAACGGGUGGCGAAUUGCAAACCGAUCAGGACGAUGUGGCGAAACGUUCUGGAGAUCUGCGAGUGAUCGUGUUUACAGCGUCACGAAACAUCUACAUUUGGUACGAAGACUGCCAGCAGUUUGUGCGUUGCGUAUUUGCCCAAUCGCGAAACCUCGAGGUGGAAAAGAUACGCUGGUGUUCGCAACAGCACGCGCUGGUUCUGCUACUCGGCAAUCUGUACCAGGGCAUCAUUACCAACAAGCUACCACGGACGAGUAAACAUCAGUACAGCGAAUUUAAGGAAACGUACAUCCGUAAGGAACUAUGUGAUACGCUGCAAAGCCGCAUAGAACUACGGCGUGUGCGGAAUUUAAGCAACGUUAUCGAUUUUACGUGUGACGCCGAGGGCGAGAAUUAUGCCGCUUUGGUGGAAAAUACACGGCGCUGCUUUUGCGUACCGGAGUUGGUAGAAUCGAACUACGACUAUGGUACACUGCUGGCGGACGCAACCGAAAUGGACGGCGUACACGAUGUGGUAUUAUACGUGGAAAAUGAACCAUUUGCUAGUCAUCGAUUCAUUCUGUAUCAUCGUUCGGACUCUCUAAGGAAAAUGUUGCAGGAGUUUCCUGCGGAAAAAGAAUUCGUGUUGAAGGAUCAUGGUUUUGAGGGUAUCACGAUAGGAGCUUUUCGGUUAAUCAUGCGUUUCUUUUACACGAAUCAAGUCAUCGCACGUGCGGAUGUUGAACGAUUGGCGAGGAAAGCAGGCACUGGUGAGAUCGGAAGCAAAGUCGAUCUCUCGGAAUUAAGAGCCGUGUGCAAGCAGCUGAAAGAACAGUUCGAUAAGUUUCAGCUGCCCGUCCUAUCAAACUCGCUUAAAAAGUUGCAGGAUGAGCCUUCCAUUGAACCCUUCCCGAAGCUGCGUCUCGAUUCCUACCCAGAGUUAUACGAUAUAACAAUCGAGCUGCAGGACGACAAAAAGCUGCGGGCGCACAAGUGUGUGCUGGUUGCACGGCUCGACUAUUUCAACAUGAUGUUUUCCCAUUGUUGGACUGAAAAGCGCACAACGGCAGACCUAAAAACGGUACCACGCGAAUACAUGGACGUUAUUAUACCCUUCCUGUACGAUAACGAUUACGGAGGUGUCCGAAGGCAACGUUACACGGAAAACUUUAUUCUAAGCAUGAUUAUCAUCUGCGAUCAGUUUCUGAUAGAAGAGCUAAAGAGUAUCUUUGAAACGAUCCUCAGCCAAAGGGUGCACCUACGAAAUGUGGGUGAGUUGCUCGAGUUCGCCUACCAGUACAACUGUGAGCUGCUAAAGAGCGUUUGCAUGCAGUUUGUCAGCGUUAACUUUGCUCGGUUGCUCGAGUGGCGUCUCUUGGAUGAAUUGGAUCCGACCAUGCUAACGCAGAUUGAUCGUUUCUACAAGGAAUUCUUUCGUCUCUCCGAGUAUCGCAUGAUAACUCCAUUCGCCGAUGCGAUUGGCGACGAAGAGCUGGAACAAUUUGUAAGCGACUUCCGAAUCGAUCUCGAACAAAAGGCAACUGACAAGAUAACUGCAUCCGAACGCCCUGUAAAACUAACUCCGAAAUCAAAACAGGCAACCAUGCCGGCGCUUUCGAAGCUCCAGCGAGAAAAGCGAAACUAUGAAAAGGAAGCAAUGGCAUAUUUAGAGCGAUUAGUACUGGAAGAAGCGGCCGCAGUGAGGGAACGUAAAGUUUCCGCCAGCAAAACAGCAAAUACUACUAUCUUCAGUCCGCCCAUCGGAAAAGCCGACAACACUCACGAUCGCUCCGUAACAAAUGAACAGGUCGGAAACAAAUCGUGGCAAACCGUGUCAACGGAUUUGAAAAGAAAAACUGCACUUUCUGCAGCAUUGCGUGCUAACGAGGUGAUGAAGGAGGAAGCGAAACAACCUACAAAUGAAAGCUUCUCCAACCUUCGCACGGUGUUAGAACGUAGUCCUACAGCGCCCCAGCUUGUACAUAUGCGUUCACCCGACGAAGGUUACGAAUCGGCCAGUAAUGUUGCACGGGCAGCAACAAUUAAUUUGAGUGAUUUUACCCUAACGGACGGGCGUUUGUCGCAAAAAGAGCGUAAGCGGCUGAAUUCCGAAAAGUCUAGGAUGGCUAAAUCAUCACAUCAAGAUACAAACGGUCAAGCGCAAACACCUGACACUGCCGUACAAAUUCCUGUCAACCCGUGGAAAAUUGUGGACAAUGUACCGGCAGUGGAUUUGUUCAAAGAUGUAGAAUCAUCGCCGGGAUCCGGUGCUGCUGCAUCUGGUCGUAGACAGCGAAUGAAUAGUACAAACGAGCAAAGAUCCGAGACGGAAGUUAUUAGUUCACCUUCGUCUAGUAACACUGCCGAACAGAACAGCUCAACCGUCCUCACCAAACCACGAAGGCAACGGAAAUCUAGCUCUCGAUAUAGCAAUGGUGAGAAAGAUUUCAACGAAAUCUUGGAAGACGAACGGCGUCAAAAGCGUUAUUAUGAAAAGAUCAAAUCAAAAUCACUAAUUCAGACGCAAAUCGAGGAACAGGCUAUUGAAGAAUUGCGCACUUUCUACAACGUGGAGCAUGUGUUCGAUGAAAGCAUCACGAUCGAGCGUUACCGACCGCCAUUGCUGGAAAAUGGUCCAAACUUUGCAGUAUGGCAAUAUCAAUAGAAUUAGCAGAGACAGUCAAAGCAAUACAACGCGAGCUAGUUGUAUGGUUAUUGCCCUAAACUAGACUAUAAACCUGAAGUUCCAGGUUUUUUUUCUACUGUAUUUUUUCUGUGUGUAAUAAAACAAAGGACGUACCAAUGUA